UUCAGAAGGCACGGCCCUGCACAGAUUAUUUCUUGGUCACACCUUUAGCAAGAUCUAAAGGAUUCAGCGUAUUGCAAGCCUGUCGCUUGGGAUUUAGCUCUGUUUGGACCCCUCUCUGCCACUGGGUGACAAUCAGGUCUUUAUCCUACAAUGGAUUGGAAGACAUUCCAAGGCCUUCUGAGUGGUGUGAAUAAAUACUCAACAGCAUUUGGACGAAUAUGGCUAUCUGUAGUUUUUGUAUUUCGGGUUCUUGUUUAUGUGGUUGCUGCAGAGAAAGUGUGGGGAGACGAGCAAAAAGAUUUUGACUGCAACACCCGACAACCUGGCUGCUCCAAUGUCUGCUAUGACCACUUUUUCCCUAUCUCCCAUAUCCGACUCUGGGCCUUACAGCUGAUCUUUGUUACAUGUCCAUCCCUUUUGGUGAUUAUGCAUGUAGCCUACAGAGAGGACAGAGAGAAGAAGAACAAGCUAAAGAAUGGAGAGAACUGUAAUAAGCUCUAUUCAAACACUGGCAAGAAACAUGGUGGCCUCUGGUGGACCUAUCUAAUUAGCCUCUUUUUCAAGACAGGCAUUGAAAUCACCUUUCUAUGCAUCCUGCAUAAUAUGUGGGAGAGCUUUUACCUGCCACGCUUGGUCAAGUGUGCCAAUAUUGACCCUUGUCCUAACAUUGUUGACUGUUAUAUUGCUCGGCCCACAGAGAAAAAGGUUUUCACCUACUUCAUGGUCGCUGCCUCUGGCCUCUGCAUUUUCCUUAAUAUCUGUGAAAUAUCCUACCUUAUUAUAAAGAGGGUGAUGAAUUGUAUUAACAAGUGUAGAAAGUCCAGCAGUCACUCAGUCACCUACAGUAAAGCCUCAACCUGCCAAUGUCACGUCCAUCUUGACAACACUGAAAAGAAACCUUUAUAUAAGACAGUAGAAUCUCUCCGUGCCUCUGCACCAAAUCUUACUUCUCUGUAGGGGACACUGGAGAAGCACAAUGUACAUGCUUAAACAAACACUUUCUGCCCAUUUUGGACAUGCAUCAUAUACUAUGUUACCAAAUACCUUAUAGCAGUUCAAACAUUUUCUAUUGGAAACGUGUAUGCUGUCCAAAUCUGAGAUGUCAUGUUUGUAUAACAGCUGCCAAAAAAUUGUAUUUCCAGACUGCUUACAUUGCAAGAUAUAGCUCUACUGAUUGCACAAACCAAAGACAAAAGUAGAGCUAGAUGGAUACUAUAUGUCAUAAGAAAAUCAUGACAACAGAACUAAAAGACUUGUUAGAUUAUCAGCUCAUCUGGCUAAUCAUUUAAGAAGUAUGUGAUUUUGCAUUUCAUAGUUUGGUUUGUAGGUAUCAACAUCCUAAAACCAACUAAGGACAGUUUCAUACAAAUUCAUUCUAGACUGCUUGUAUGCCUUCAAUCUAUGUUCAGUUAAAAGGCAAUGGCAGCUCUUAUUGCUUAAAUGCUUAUAGUAAAUGAGGAAUGUGUGAUGUACGAGAAAAAAGUGGAAGAUUUAAAAGAAUACCAGGCAAUAUAAUUUGAAAUGCUAAAUUAUGAAAUGGUGAUGACCAAGGGACAUUUACUACUACUAUUCUCAAAAAUCACAUAAUCAAACACAAAAUAACAGAAAUCACUGCCAGAUCUGAAAACAAAUAGCGUUAAAAUCUUAUGUAUAUAUGUUGUAGAUAGACCAGUAGCAAAUUUUACUUUUUUUUUACAUCUCAAAAGAAUGCCAAGCACUGCUAAACUAAUUUCCUUUCUGCUACUGUACUUAUCAUGUUAGUUUAUAAAGCUGGACUUAACUUCCCUGGAUGUGAUAUGCACACUUCUGAGUUAUAUCCAGAACAACAUAGAGCUGAAUGAACAAUAACAUUAGGGUUAUCAGUACAUUGCAAAUAAAUUACACUUUCCCCUGAAAUCAAGUGGUCAGCAGAAAACAGAAAAUAUGAGCUGUUUUAGUGAAUUAAAAAAAAAAAAGAGAGAGAGAGAGAUUGUAUCAACAGUUCUUAGUCUGAAUCAAAAUUAUGCUCUCAGUUCAUGGGUUCUACAGCUCCCAAUAUCAGUGUCCCUGGUGGACGGGGGAAAAAGUUGGAGUCCUAUGAAACACGUCCCUGGCACCUCCCAAAAGCAGCGGACCCAUUCCAGACAGGCCCCCUGAAUUUCUGGCAGGUUAGCCUGGUGUGUAAUGUAAUUUCAGACUGCCUGACAAACAAGCAGGUUUGCCCUCUAAGGUUGCUUUUUGGGGGCAGUUCCGUGGUAUCCACAAAAGCACAACACCUGGGAACAAACCCAGGAUGGUAGGACAGGACCAAUAACUCAGGAUGAUUGGGAGCCAUGAGUUUCACAUGUAGAUAUGCACCUUACAUAGACUAAUUGUCAAUUUAUUGGGUUUAUUUACCAAACCAAUAAUUGUCGACAAUUGACAAAGAGAUUUCAACUUUUGGGUCAGAUUACUUGAAUAGUAUUAAUAGCUUAGUUGAGGUUUUCCAAUUAAGCAAUUUUAGAAUACGAGAUAGAAAUCUUUUUUUUUUUUUAUUAUCCACAAUUCCCAGUUUAGUAAACAAACCUCUGCAUAUUAGUUGACGAUCAUAAUGAAAAUAAAAUUAUUGCUACCUGCUCACUGCCAGACACUCUGUUGAAGAGAUUGUUUAAGAUAACCAAAUAUAUUUUUUUCUACAGGUUUUAGAUAUUCGUAGGACAUAAUUCUCUGUCUCCUCUGUAUUUAUUAUUUAUA